CACCGAGUCAGGACGGAGAGUUAGCAUAGAUCCCAAGGACACAGAACCAACAUGUACGGGUCCCGUGUAGCUACAGACAUCGGGCUCGUUCUCAGGUCGGAUUCGACGCUUUCUCCCGAGAACAGAACCAGGAUGAACCGGUUUAACUCCAGCGUGUCCGCGGACCAGUACCUGGCUGACAGCAACGUGUUGUUCUACCUGAGUGAUGCAGUCACUCAGCUGCUGGAGCACAAGGAGGAAUACUCUCAGUUCGGGCUGAUCCGAUACUUUGCUGAAUAUUUCAGCAGCGUGAAGAACAGUAACCACGUCCUCUUCCGAGAGUACAACUACAUCAGGGCCACGCCUCACAACCGAGCCUCCUUCAUCCGAGUCUUCUGGAGAUGCUUCAGACAGACGGGCAAGAGCGGAGACUUACUCUCCGUGCUGGAGUACAAGUCUCUGCUGCAGUUGUUGUGUCCAGACUUCCCAGUCGAGGUGGUGCAGAGUGCGGCCAGAAUCGUGCUGAUGGACGACGCCACAGACUGUCUGAUGUCCUUCUCUGACUUUCUCUACGCCUUCCAGCUGCAGCUCUACUACCAAGAGUUCCUGGACAGCGUCCUGAUGAUCUACCACGACCUGCUGGCGGGGAAGAGUCCCAACACCGUCAUCGUCCCCACCUCCGACUCCGUAGAGCAGCUCCUCUCCGCGGCCGCAGAGGAGAACGACAAGGAGCGACAGCAGCAGCCGGACGGCGUGGAACCGGCAACUCUCUGUCAGAGUAUAGACGCUCUCUGUGACCGGUUCAAACACAGUCAUCCCUCCAGGUCCUGCAUGAGAGAAGUUCUGGAAGACGCCGACAAAAUCUGUUACUACAGCUUCUUAAUGAGUCUCGCUAAACAUGAGAGCAUCAACCAAACUAUUGGAGUGUUACCGAGCAGAGCAGAGUCACUGAUUGACCCAGAGAUGGACCAGGAACUGGACAAACUGAUCGCUCAGAUCUCCGUGAGUCCCGGCAGCAACAGCAGCGGCAGCGCGGUGGUCGGGCUGAAGGAGCUGCAGAGGAAGGCGUCGCCCCGGAGGAACAUCCACCACCGGCGGAGGAUCGAGGUGGAGAGCGACGGCUCCACAGAAGAGACCGACUCCUCUGAGAACUAACUUCACUGCUCGUGUCCUCUUCCGUCUUCCGUCCUAAACACACAGAGUCAAAACCUUCUUGCCCGUUGUUUGCUGCGUUAUCUCACUCGUCUGAGCUGGAGGUCACGUGACAGUCCCCGGUCACAUGACAUUUGUUUUCCUAUCAUUCCAGGUAGAUUUUAAACGUAUUACCUUUAGGGUUAAUAAGCAUCACAACCAAGCUCAACAGCAGCAAAGGUCUUUGCAAAGUUAAAGUAAUGAAGUAGUUUUAUGUCUUUUAAGUUAUUUAGCAGAACAAGGCGGAUUUUAUUGCUUAAGGACCUAAAUAUAUCAACGUCUGCCUGGUUUGAGUUACUGACUUUAUGUUUCAUAUCCAAAUCUGCACUUGAUGUUUGCAAACCAGCUUCAGGCUCAUCAUCCCAGUCUGUGGGCGGACACACACCUCACUGGUUUCAUCUCUUCACUUUGUAUAGUCACAAUAACAUCAUCAUCUUUCCAACACUAUUAGGAAAAGUUCUGUUUCAUAAUCAUGUGAAAUUGUUGAGGAUGUUAAAGAACAGAUUCUGCUCAGUUACUGGAAAAUAUAUAUAUAUAUAGCACUGAUUUAUUUAUUAUGAUGCAAACUUGAAUGUGAAUAUGAUAUUAUAUGAAUGAGAUGUUUACUCACACUGUGAAUA